CACUGCACGCACACUGGAGCCCGUGAGCGGAGACUAGGCUCGUUUAGUAUUCCGUGCACAAGGCGAAGGAGGGAGAAGGGAGGGAGGGCAGAGAGUGAAAUAGAGAGAAAAAAACGAGGCUGUGAAGACAGGCGAAAACACAGAAAGAGAGGAGGAAGAGGGGAGCGGAGAGACACCUCCUCUGUCCCUCUCGGUCUACCCUUUGGCAUCCGUCUGUCCCAGGCAGUUGCAAAGCUCCUGUAGAACAUUCCAGAAACACAGCCAUGGACCACAAUGAACAGUAAAGCCUGAAUGGAAAAACAAAAAAGAGAAACCUAGUGGAGAUACACCAUACAUCUUAAAUUCAACCCUGCCCUGAUGCUGCUUUAAGGACUGAGUCUGCAAACACUUCCCUCUUCCCUGACUGAUGAUUUAACUGAGAGUAAUAGCCCAGGAAAUCUAGGCUAUGCUUUCUGAACAACAGACCUAAAUAUAGUCUCGCUGUUUACCCAUUGAGCAAAUUCUUACCAUUUAUGUGAAUUGAAUUGGUUUCGACCUUCUUCACCAUGACAAGGACUCAGGGAUGUCAUUGUCAUCCUUUAUAACAAGAGCCAAUGCUAUUAUUGAAAAGAGUGAUUGUAGCACAUUUACCAAUGGGUUUAUCAACCAUUAAAGCUUUCAAUUAACGGUCAUAAAGAGACCGUCUCGGCUUCUUGUCGAAACGUUGUCCGUCAGAGUCCAAAACGAGCUCCUGUAUUAUUGGAAUUGGCAGAAAGUGGCCAGACACACCCUCUCCUCUCAGGCGCCGUCCAGUUGGUGCGGGCGGUGAGAGCUGCGCCACGAUUGGUUGAGUGCGGGCUGGGUGUGCGAUGCGGAUUGGAGGAUGUCGGGGGACUGGGAAGACGACCUUUGUAAGAAGGCGUUGGUGCUGGUGGAGGAACUGUGCUUCCGGUCUGGAGGCUUGAGCCAGAGCGCCAGCUGUCAAGAGUUCAGCUACAUGAUGAGAGGACCUAACAGACAGCUGAACACAGAGAUCUCAGUGAGUCUGCUCUCCGUCAUUGUAACGUUCUGUGGCAUCGUGCUGCUCUCUGUCUCUCUCUUCGUCUCCUGGAAGCUGUGCUGGUUGCCGUGGAGAGAUAAGGAAGGCGGGGGUCUGAGCUUGACGUCGGGGCUCCUGCCCGGCGGGGCGAGUUUAGGUGGGGUCGGAGGUGGAGGGGGCUCCUCGCUCCUUCCUCCCCUGUUGCAGAGAAAAGAUACUCACUCCUCUUCCUCGCUGUACCCCUCGCUCUCGCAGCAUGGUCAGCAUCACCCCCAUUUCUCCGACUUAAUGGGGGUGGAGAGCGGAGGGGGGCUGGUAGUAGGGGGUGUGGUUGGGGGUCCGCAGGAGAUGCAGGAGCAUUCUUACCUAGACAUGGACUCGUAUCCCAACAAUGCUGCAAACCUUAAGUUGAGCCAGACAUCUCCCGAGUUGCCCCCGGCAACAGAAGGAGGCUCAGCUGCGAAAGACCUACCCAAUGCCCACUCCCAGCAGCAGGUCACCACUAGGCCUAAGCCCAUGACUCACCAGCUUUCCAGCCCUGAUUUCCAUGGUGAGGAGAAGAGUGAGCAGCUGACCAGCAUUGGGCAGAUUAAACCAGAACUUUACCGGCUGCGCCAGGGAGACCAGGGGGAUGGCAAGCAAGACACCUGCGGCAAAAUCAGCUUCCUCCUGCGCUACGCCUUCAACACGGAGCAGCUGGUGGUUAAGAUACUGAAAGCUCUGGACCUCCCGGCGAAGGAUGCCAAUGGCUUCUCCGAUCCUUAUGUCAAGAUCUACUUACUGCCUGAUAGGAAGAAGAAAUUUCAGACCAAGGUGCACAGAAAAACCCUGAACCCGGUUUUUAAUGAGACGUUCCAGUUCGGCGUGCCCCUGGCUGAGCUGCACUCGCGCAAGCUCCACUUCUCCAUCUACGACUUCGACCGCUUCUCCAGACAUGACCUCAUAGGUCAAGUGGUGGUGGAUAACCUGCUGGACUUCAGCGAGGGGACCGGGGAGAAGCCGAUUUGGAGAGACAUCGUAGAAGGAACCGCGGAGAAAGCUGACCUGGGCGAGCUGAACUUCUCACUGUGUUACCUGCCAACAGCUGGCCGACUGACCGUCACCAUCAUAAAGGCCACCAAUCUGAAAGCCAUGGACCUCACGGGCUUCUCAGAUCCCUACGUAAAGGCAUCUCUGGUUUGUGAAGGUCGAAGGCUGAAAAAGAGAAAGACGUCCAUAAAGAAGAAUACCCUCAAUCCCACAUAUAAUGAGGCGCUGGUCUUUGAUAUCCCCAACGAGAACAUUGAGAAUGUGUCGCUCAUCAUCGCCGUCAUGGACUACGACUGUAUCGGUCAUAAUGAGGUGAUCGGGAUGUGCCGUGUGGGCAGUGAUGCUGAAGGACCGGGAAGGGAGCAUUGGACAGCCAUGCUGGCGAAUCCCCGCAAGCCUAUUGAACACUGGCACCAGCUGGUGGAGGAGAAAUCCAUAAACACAUACGUGUCAAAGAGUGCCACAGCCUCCCCUAAACCACACAUAGUGGUGGACAGCCCUCACUCUGAGUAGAGAUGUCAGCAUUAUCUUUUUAGCAACAGAAAUACAUUCUUUCUUUUCACCUGUGAAUAAUUAUUCAUCAAGAAAGAACCAGAGACUGUGCUUGUGUUAGUGCUAUUCCUCUAAAUCAACCCUGCAGACCCAACAAAAUAUAUAGAAAAAUAACUAGAUCACACAGAUACAUCCACACACAGACACAAACAGACAUACUCACACAUGGAGUCAUAACAAAACAACUGGCAUGGAUGGUUUUGCUUCAGGAAUGAUGUUGAAGUCAAAAUAUGUCAUAAUUUAUUCAGGGGAAAAAUGACAAACAUUCCCACUUUAAAUAGAUAAUCUUUAUUUAGUUAUUUGAAACUGAGCCUACAAAAAAAAAGAGAUUUUAAUUACUUAAAAAAAAUAAUCAGGAGAGACCUGAUAGAUUAUGGACCACGAAUGUUUCUGUGUAUGUGUGAGCGCAUGUGUGUACGUGAGUUUGUACGGGUGUCUGUGCGUAGCUAUAGAAAAUCUCUACAAGGUGUUUUCAGUCAGCUGCAAGUACAGUAGCUGGAAGUUCUCGGAGUGGUCUUCUCUGCCAAUGCAGAAUCCUUGCAACUGUUUCCCGUUUCUCUGGAGAGGAGGACUACUUUAUGACCGUUCCCAUCUGGAGAAGGAGAAAUCAGGACGGAUACAUUGGCCAAAUCGUGUCGUGCAGUAUUGAAAUGUGUCCCUCUGCCUUUUACAUUUUUAUCACCUUCUGCUUCGAGCUCAUUGAGAUCAGCAGUGUUUUAUUUUCUUGUUUGUUUACUAGAGUCCAGCCAUUCUUCUUGUUCUACCAGAUACUGAUUUGAGAAUAUGUUUCCUUGACAUGGACACACUGGCAGACUGAAUCCCAUUGAGAACUCUUCCAAAGGGAGCUAUCAUUGAUUUCAAACAACUGGGACGGACCUUGGAUUUGUGUGCACUUCCUGGAAACAUAUCCUGUGGGGAAAAGAUCUGGCCAUAGUAUUUUAUUUUUAUAUCACGCCAGGAUUUUUUUUUCCCUCUUUUGAACGAGGAAGUGUGUGCUCUCCAUCAUCCUUCUGCCAAGAGGACCGCUUUGGAAAGACGCACGCGUUCAUCCUCUUUUUUCCCUCCCGUGUAUCCUAUGUGUUUGUAGGAGUGCUCUUUUGUGUCGAUACGCGUUUGCUCGUCGGUUCGUGUGUGCGCGUGUAUGCCCGUGUGUCGGUAUAUGUCACCGUGACCCCGUGUAUGUCUCCACUCCCCGUCCUUUGUCCUGCACAGAGAAAAUCUCGUUUUGAACAAUCAAGUGUCUCCUGUCCUGUGUCUUAGAGGAACUAUUUCUUGUGUAGGACCCGUUGCACUUGGUAGGGACAGGGUCUAUUUCUCAGACGCGCGUUUCGGUCGUUCUCCGUCGAAUGUGGUAGUGACCCGUCUCUGUUGUGUCCCUAACCAGCUCGUCACUGAAAAGUGUCCCUAGCCUGAUCUGUGUUCUCGUGUUGGGUGUGCUUUUCUUUUUUUGUAAAUGUGCUCUGUGUGUACGAGGGGACAAACCUGGUGGCCACGGCUGUCGAGGAAUAAAAUGUUGAAGUUUUUCAUUGUCUUUAAAAGAAAAAGGGGAAAAAAAGACAAACUGGUUCUCUUCAUCUCUUUUGGCUAAUGUGACUAUCUUUUCUGUCUGAGCAUUCCUUGCGAACAGAGACAAAGAGGGGGACAUGUCUUUUAUCAUUUUAGGGCCACAAGAUUACUUCUAGAAUUUUACAUUACUUAAGAUGCAAUGUCAAUUGUUUUUUUGUUUGUUUGUCUUUUUGUAUGUGUUCAGUGAGGUCACUGCUUCUAUAGCCUGAAACAUUAUAGUGGCCAAAGCGCUAAAUUCACAUACCCUUGAUAUCCAGAGUCACUGCCUGUAUUAAAGGGACAGUUCACCCAAAAAUGAAAAUUCUGUAAUUAAUUACUCACCCUUAUGUCGUUUCUAAACCUGUAAGACCUUCAUUCAUCCUCAGAACUCAAAUUAAGAUAUUUUUGAUAAAAUCCCAGAGCUUUCUGACCCUGUAUAGACGGCAACACAACUGACACGUUCAAGACCCAGAAAGGUAGUAAGGACAUAAAAUAGUCCAUGUGACAUCAGGGGACAGUUUUACAAAAAGUUUAAGCUGGAAUAGAUAGAUCUUGAUAUCCAGGAUCAUGUAACCCAUCUUACUUUUGUACCAGUUUUUCAAAGAAAAGUUGGAUUGGAUCACCCUGAUUCGGAUACACACUUUUUCAGAUUUCCAAAUCUGCAUUACUAGUGCUCUACGGAGCCCCUAAAGGGACAUGGUAAUGGUAAAAAAAAAAAAAUGGGAUAAAAAAAUGAGACGAAAAUGCAAAUGUUGUUACACAAAUAACUACUUCUGACUGGUCCAUCUUUGAUGAUUGUGCCAAUGUAGUUUACAAUCAGUGUUAAAAAAAGAACUCUAAAAUGAAUUUAAUAUUUUUGUUUGAUAUUGACAGCUGUUUGGGGAUUUAGGGAUUUAUUACAUGUUAAAAUGUUGUAUUUUUUGGACCAGUUUUAUUAAAUUUUUGUUCUUGAAAUCCAACCUUCGGCUAAGAUCAGAAUAAUUCUCUUUUUUUUUGGAUCAAAAGAAUCCCAGUUGUACAAAAACAUUUUGAACAACACAAACUGAGGAUUUAAUCCAGAUCAAAAUCAAGAUUGAAUUUUGUGACAUAAAAGUUUUCUUUUAAACAACCCGUUUUCAAGAUUUGAUCCAAUCCGUUGGCAAAAGCAGAUUACUUUUGAACUGGUCCCAGUGGUUCAACUUUAAUUUUACGAAGCUACGAGAAUAUUUUUUGAGCGCAAAUAAAACAAAAAUAAAGACUUUAUUGAACAAUUUCUUGAACACACACGCAUAUAUCGUGAUACUCUCAGGAACGUGCGUCAAAUACUGACAGGGAAGAGAAGUAGUUGUUGAAUAAAGACGUUAUUUUUGUUUUCUUUUUGCACCAAAAGUAUUCUCGUAGAUUCAUAACAUUACGGUUGAACCACUGAUGUCACAUGAACUAUUUUAAUAAUGUCCUUACUACCUUUCUGGGUCUUGAACGUGUCAGUUGCAUUGCUGACUAUGCAGUGUCAGAAAGUUUUUGGAUUUCAUCAAAAAUAUCUUCAUUUGUGUUCUUAAGCUGAACGAAGGUCUAACGGGUUUGGAACGACAUGAGGGUGAGUAAUUAAUGACAGAAUUUAAAUUUUUGGGUGAACUAUGUCUUUAAAAGGAUAAUUCACCCAGAAAUGAAAAAUCUCCCAUUUACUCACCCUUAUGAUGUUCCAAACCUGCAUGACUUUCUUCUUUUCUCCUUAUACAAUGAAACCCAAUGGGGUACAAUAUUGUUUUUGGACAUGUUACAAAGUCAUGCAGGUUUGAAAGAACAUGACGGUGCAUAAACAAUGGCAGAAUUUUCAAUUUUAGAUGAACUAUCUCCUUAAUAUCGCAGUACAACCACUGCCAAUGCUACCGCACACAUCCCUCAAUGGAGGAAUACUGCAUUACCAAUCACUAACGCUCAUGUUAUUGAAAUGUACAUCAGUAUAAUUAUUUCCCACCGUACCCCCCGAGCUCAUAUUUUCUCCGUUUCCAUUAUUAAUCACACGCCAGGCCUUGAGCACACACACACUCUCUCUCUCCGGUGUGUGCUCAGUCCUCAGUUCGUUAUCAUAUAUCAGCUCUUGUUGUUUUCUAAGAGGCCAUUGAUUCCGUCAUACACGUGGAUGUGGUAUUGACCCGCAGUCUUCAGCUCCUGUCUCCAGGCCCAUCUCUUCUGCUGCCUUAGAUCUUACACUGUGGAGGCACGAUCCCUGUAGAGUGACCUCUGACCCCUUCAUCAGCUUCCUUGAAAUACAAACUCUAGCGAUAGCUUUCUCUUCGGUUCACCCCAGGCCAUAUUUUUCUCUCCCUGUUUGUCUCCCCUCUUUCCUCUGUCUCUCUAUGUCAGUGCAAUUCUGAAUGAUCCUGAGGAAAUGUGUUUGCAUGCUUAUAUUAACAUGGAUGAUGUCAACUUGAUGCAAUGAUAAUUUAAUAAGUGAUGCUCAACACAAAAAACUGACGAUGAACUUGAUACUAACACUACUAAUGACAAACAUGUUGACCUAGCAACCUGUUUGAUAUCAUCAAAUCACUGAUGAUUAAUGUUGUUAAUAUUGUAUAUCCUCUUUGAGAUGGUAUUACAGUUUCUGGAUAUAUUUUUCUUUGUUUGUUUGUUUGUUUGCUUUUUUAGUUUUCCUCGAAAAGGUUUACUUUUUUAUAUGUUCAGAUUAAGCUGAGACUUAGAGCAAGAUAAAAAUGAAAUGCGGUCAGGGUGAGAGAACAUUUCAGCUGAAAAAAAAACAAAAUUGAAAAAAACAAACAAAAAAAAAAAAAAAAACUAGGAGGAUGAUUAUGUGAAUGAUGAUUCUAAGGCUGGAGCGAUGAUGGCUGAAAUAAAACAUGUAUGAAAAAUCA